UUCGAGGAUCAACCGGGGGAUCCGAGUCCGGAUAACGAGAAGUUUGAGCACCUCGGGGAUUCGGUUCUUAGCAUGGUGGUGACGGAGCUCAUCAUGGAGAUCUACCCUUACAUUCGCGUUGGGCCGUCCACCAAAAUACGGUCUCUGGUAGUGGGUAAUCCUACGUUGGCUUCAAUCUCUGUCCACUACUGCCUUCCGGAGAAUCUGCGAAUGCACCCUGCGCAGGCGAUCACGUUGAGACACUCGCAGAAUGUCCAAGGUGCGAGAACCCAGGCGUUCGUGGGAGGGCUCUAUCUCGACCAAGGCCUGGAAGUCGCGAAGAUGUGGCUCUGCCCGCUCUUCCGCUCGUACGUCACCGAGGCGUACAAGCUGGUGCGCGUCCAGCACUGCCUGCCGCCCGAGGCGGAGGUGGCCGCCUUCCCGACGCUCAACGCCGCGCCGCCCCUGUCCUCGCGCUACGCGGCGAACAUGGGCCACCUCUCGCUGUUCAACCAGCACCUCCAGCAGCUCAGCAAGGGCAUCGAGUGGGUGUGGUCCGACAGCGCGGGCCAGGGCACGCGCACGACGCCGAUCUGGGUCGUCCGCGCGAUGGUCGACCAGCGCUGCAUCGGGAGCGGGCGCGGGAGCACGAAGAAGGCCGCGAAGAACGAGGCCGCGAAGGAGGGCCUCCGCAACAUGGGCAUCAUCGUCUCGUGCGUGUCUUGCACUUGCUUGUGGGGUACUGAAUUUUGCUAA